CUUAUGCGCAGAACCGCUCGAUGCGCGGCUUGGAGAAACACACGGAGUGUUCUCCGUAGUCGGGAUAUAUCGUACGUCGUGUUGAAAUAAUACGCGCAACGUAGCAUCGUCGAAUGUCUUUCAUUAUUACAAAAAAAAAAAAGAUAUUGUUACACGUGUGUAAAAAUAUAAGUGUUCAAUAGUAGAAAAUACAUUGAAAAGCAUAAAAACGCGAAAAUGGCCGAGAACGAGCAAAAGGCGAUGCAACUAAUCGCGGAGGCGGAGAAAAAAUUGGGCUCAUCCAAAGGAUUCUUUGGCUCUCUGUUCGGUGGAUCAUCCAAAGUGGAAGAAGCUGUAGAAUGUUAUCAACGAGCAGCAAAUAUGUUCAAGAUGGCAAAAAAGUGGCCUUCGGCAGGUGCUGCUUUUUGCGAAGCUGCUACUCUUCAUUCCAAAGCUGGAAGUCGUCACGAUGCUGCUACCAAUUAUGUUGAUGCUGCUAACUGUUACAAAAAGACCGAUCCCAAUGAGGCGGCCAAUUGUUUAGUGAAAGCUAUAGAAAUCUACACAGACAUGGGUAGAUUUACAAUGGCUGCGAAGCAUCAUCAAAGUAUAGCUGAGAUGUACGAAAGUGAAGCGGUUGAUCUAGAAUUAGCCGUACAUCAUUAUGAACAGGCCGCUGAUUACUUUCGAGGUGAAGAAAGCAUCUCUUCGGCCAAUAAAUGCUUGUUGAAAGUUGCUCAGUAUGCAGCUCAGCUGAAGAACUAUGACAAAGCCAUACAGAUUUACGAACAGGUUGCAUCUGCAUCUCUAGAGAGUCCUUUGCUUAAAUAUAGUGCUAAGGAAUAUUUCUUUAGGGCAGCGCUCUGUAAUCUUUGCGUUGAUCCCCUGAAUGCUCAGCACGCGAUCGAACGUUAUCAGGAACAAUACCCCGCAUUCCAGGAUUCACGAGAAUAUAAACUCGUAAAGUCUUUGAUCGAUCUCCUGGAAGAGCAGGAUUUGGAAGGUUUUACCGCAACCGUUACGGAUUACGACUCGAUUUCGCGAUUAGAUCCUUGGUACACGUCGAUGUUGUUACGCAUAAAAAAACAGAUCAACGACAAUCCCGAUUUGCGCUGAUCGAACUUCAUGGCGAAACAAUUUGUUAUAUCGUCGUUACUCUUCCUCCUACCCCGUGUGUAUUCUUCCGUUUUUCGAGUUCUCUUCUCAAUUAAGUUUCUCAAGUAGAUAUUUUUUGUGUUUAUAGCUUCGAGUUUCCUCGCCUGCUCCUGAACGAUACUUCUCACAAAACUCUAAAUGCAUUUAAAAUACAGUUUGACAGCCGACGUAUAAAACGUAUUGCGUCAUUGAAAUUUUUAUCGUUCCGAUGCAUCGAAAGUUCGCUCGUUUAUUUUAUUUCAUUUUUCGGAAUUUGUCCAAUUUUUUCAAAUUAAUUUUAUUCUUCGAGUUCCGAUCUCAAAGAAAUUCUGUCUCAUGUUCGAAAAAAUAUGCAAAAAAUAUACUUGUUUUACGAAAAAAAAAAUUGUCGCACUCGAACGAUGCAAACGUUACGUCGUAACAUUUACGUGUGUGUGCGUUCUACUUGAUCGAGCAACGAGCUUGAACUGUUCAUGACUUAUCGAUUUUAUCGUUUAAAACUGGAUUCAUGUUCACUUUGGGAUUCUGUAACGAAAUCCCACGGAGUCUCGAUCUUUUAUGCAUCACUGACUCGUCUGAGUAAUUCGCGAGAAACUUAACACGAGCGAGGGUCACAAAGAAGAGAAAGAGCGAGAACUAUACCGCGUAGGAGUCUUUAUUCUUUUUCUAUUUUUAUUUUUUGAACAUAAUUCUAUCUUUUGUUAUCCGGGUAACCAUUAAAUCGCACCAUUAUUUAUUGUAUAUCUUUGCUGAUGUAAUUAUUUCACAAAUACUGUUAACGACGUCUUAGAUCAUGUUGUUCAAAGUUUGCAACUUUGAAAUGCAAUAAAGAUCUUUUCUGUCAAUUUUCGAUUUACCAACUUCCGCAAAGAAUAAAGAAUAAUUCGUUUUUUUUUAACUGAUUUUCACUGUAGACUCGUUGAUACUGUAUGUCUGAGAGAAAAAAAGAAUCUCGAAAAAGUCGACCAUCUUCAAAAAGGACAUCAACGAAUAUUGAUAAAGAAUCGUUAGUGCAUUCCAAAGAUGCAAUAUUGAACAUCAUUUUAGAUCAUUAAUCGUUGCAAGUACGUAGUAAACGUGUUUAUCAUCAAACACUGAGAUAAUUCAAUAAGUGUGAGCGGAAGAUAGACAGAAAGAGAGAGAAAGAGAGACAACGUACGAAAGAAGCUUCGACUAGGGAUCGUGAUUUAAGCGCUUCAAAGUAGGAAAAAUAUAGGAAAACGGCUCUUGUAUUCUUUGAUAAUUAAGUGAUAAUUACUGCCCGUUUCUGCCGACGGGACCGUGAGAAAACGGCUUUAAAAAUUUAGAUACUCAAUAUUUUACGACUUUCUCAUAUCUGUGGCAAAAAUGAUAAUCGUUAAAAUUUUGUUUUCGAAACUGAACAAUGAGCAAAACGACAGUUUCCAAAAAUGACAUGUUUUAUCUCGAGAUUUUUUAUUUCUUGAGGCUGAGGGGAAAGGGGAAGGGGCAAAUCGUCAAGUCUGCACUUAUUAUAUGCCUACAUUGUUGAAGAAUCAAGAAGGAGGAUUAAUCAUUGCAUCGACCACAUUUUUCAAACUAGAAGAGAAAAUAAUGAAAGAGAUAAAAGAUUUCUAUUCGUAGAGAAGUUUCAUCUUCGGGCUAUUAUUAACGAUGAAACAAUUAAUCGUAGAUUUAACACCCACGUGCAUAAAUAUACGAUCAAAUAUGUAUUACAUAAACAAAAACAAACAACACAUCCAUGUGUAUGUAUUCUCGCAUACGCUAAUAAAAAUAAAAAAUCGCCACGGAUUUUUUCUUCGCCUGUAUCGUCACUAUUUGUGAUUCGGAUAAAAGUGGACUAAGCUUAGUAAUGAAUCAAUAAAAUGUUAUGUACUGUAGGGCAUACAUAUAUAUUCAUUAUAAUUCAAUUGACUCAA